AUGGCCAGCGCGGUACACUCUUCUCCAAUUUCAGUCAUGGGCACGGAGAACGCCCCUGAAAAAAUGACCUUGAUGCGUCCCAGCGAACCCUCCACCACUGCAACGCUGCUCAACGUGCCCAUCAGUCCAGUGAAGACUCUAUCCCUUGAGACCCUUCCUGACGCCCACAAGUCUGCCUCGACCAUAGUCUCCCCUGCAGACUCGUUUUUUGCUGCGUCGACCGUAGUCUCUCCCACAGACUCGUUCUAUGUGGAAUUUCAACGCGGAGACCCGAGGAAUCCAAUCAACUACUCAUGGCUGCGAAAAUGGUGCAUUACCCUGGUCGUUUGUGCAUUCAAUGGGAUCACUUCUCCUGCGACUCCGUCAUUUGCUAUGGGUUACGGUUCCAUGAUACAGGAUCUAAACUGCACGCGUUUUCAAGCAACUGUUGCAUACUGUCUGUAUUCUCUAGGCUUUGGUAUUGUUCCUCUGUUCACGUCUUCGCUAAGCGAGGAAGUUGGGAGGCGGCCAAUUUACUUGGUAUCAGCGUUUCUCGGGGCUAUGUGCAACGUGCUUGCUGCUCUCUCCAAUAAUAUUCAAACCAUUAUGGUCGCACGUGUCUUGGGGGGUGCUUUUGCCUCGACUGGUGCGAUACUGGUGGGUGGGACGAUUGCCGAUAUAUGGGAGCCUCAUGAGCGCGGCCUGCCUAUGGCUGUUUUCUCCAUGGUGAGCAUGGUUACCACUGGUCUGGGGUCUAUCAUCUCUGCCUGGCUGGAACUCGACCCUCAUCUCCAAUGGAGAUGGAUCCAGAGGAUUCAAGCGAUUGUUCAGGGGACCUACUUCCUUCUCAGCCUGCUUAUAAUGGAGGAGACUCGAUCGCAAAUUAUCCUCCGACACAUCGCCAAGAAGCUCUGCAAGGAAACUGGGGAUGAUCGGUACCGGGCCCGGGGAGAAGAGACACGGCCGAAAUUGAGUACCAUGAUUAAAAUAUCAUGUACUCGGCCCAUCAUGUUUGUUCUCACUGAACCUAUCGUGACUAGUAUAUGCAUUUGGGUCUUUUUUAUGUCCGGUGUGCUCUACGUCCAGAUCGGAUCCGUGUCUGGGGUUUUCAAGCACACGUAUCACUUCAACGUCGGGCAGAGUGGACUGGUGUUCAUUACCGUCAUUGUGGGAAGUAUACUGGGACUCUGUGCCAAUUUCUAUCAGGAUGUGCUCUACCGGAAAUACGUGUCUCAGAGAGGCCCCGAAGCAAGGCUAUACAUCGCUUGUUUAGUUGCACUCUUGCUGCCUACCUCGAUAUUCAUCUAUGCAUGGACAGCAGAACCGACCAUCUUCUGGAUGUGGCCUGUUGUGGUUUUCAUUUAUUUGGCAGACUGCUAUGGUCCAAUGGCGUCUUCUGCUUUGGCGGGUCAGGGCUUAGCUCGUAACCUGGGUAGCUUUGGAUUCCCUCUCUUCUCUCACACGAUGUUCAAGAAGCUCACAUAUAAAUGGGCCAACACUAUCUUCGGCGGCGUCGCUGUCAUCCUGAUUCCAGUCCCUUUCGUUCUUUUCUUUUACGGACCUUCGCUUCGAAAAUACAGCACAGUGUGCAGCCAACUAAUGCAGGUUGAAGAAAAACCUGAAAUCGAGAGCCGGGAUGGGGAGCCCUAA